AUAGCAAGCAUGAGUACCUCUGUUCUAAAAAAGCUUAUAAACUCGACUGCUGAGUCGAACAUAUCGAUGAGGAAACAGAUAAAAGAACAACAGAUGUCUCUUUCGCGGUUAGAACAUCGGAUGAAACAGAAGAAGUUAGGCAGCACUACGCAGAGACAAAAUCAACUUAGAAUACCCCCUGGAAAGAUGAUAAUAAAAGCAAAAGGAAAGAUGAUAAUGCGAGUGAGGAACGAUAAAGCAAUAUUAGACGAGCUCACCAACACCAAACACCGAGCGGACAGUGACGACGAGAUGACGGACAAAUCCUCCCCCAAAUUCGACUCAAAAACAGCCCCCAACCUUAUUAUCCAGAGUUCAGUGCAGAACGCGCCCACUGCUACAAGUGUGCCGCCUCCCCACACAGCAGUGCAGCCCCCGCCCCACUCUCACCCGCCUCCCCCUGGAUAUUACCAGCACCCUCCCCCUGGAUACAAUCCUCGACCUCCAAUUGUUCUAGACAGACAUUAUUCUCACCAUCAACCAGUACACUAUGUCGAGGAAUAUGUCCAUGAGCCGCCACCCACAGUCUACAAAGUUCGCAAGCCCUAUCCUCGUUCCUACCCAGAACCAGUGAUAGUGUACCCUAAUGAACCAACUUCCCCUCACGACCACUAUCAGCGCUCCCGCCCUACCGAGUAUAAAACAUCACAUUAUCCCUCAGAAUCGUGGCAUUCCUCGCAUUCCCCGCCACCUCGUCACCACAACACGUCUCCAAGAUAUAAACACAGUGGUCCUGGUCACUACCAGCACAGAGAGGAGCCGGUAUUGAAGGAGGAGGAUAGAAGUUGGAACUCGGCUUCAAUUAAUCACUAUGUGGAUACCAGCAGAAAGAGGAGUUAUCCUUCAAAGGAGAGUACUGACAAUGUUAUAAGACACGAUCUGACGAAGCGUCCCACUAAAAACACCCAAUUCAGGGUUCUUAUCUCUAAUCUUCAUCCUUCUGUUACUUUACAGGACAUUGAGGAACUGUUCAGUGCGAUCGACACAGUGGAGCACAUACAGAUGUUAUACCCAGGGGUAGCCGAAGUGUUGUACAUAAGUGAACAAAGUGCCUCUGUCUCAGUUGAGAGGUAUCACAAUAGAGACCUAGAUGGGCAGCCCAUGCAGAUCAGUUACUCCCUUGUUCCAGUUACUAAACGCAGAGAGAGUGAAACUGGUCCAACAAUACGCAACAUUCCACCACCACAGAGACCGGCUGUAACAACUAAACCUACUAAACCUGCCACACAAAAUACCUCUAAACACAGAAAUAACCGACCAGAACCCCAACUGAAGAUAAAAAAUUCCGGGAAACCAGAACAGAAGACUUCAGCCAUUUACCGGCGAGAGCAGGAGUUUAUACCCCUGACACAAAGUGCCCCUCAACCCAGUUAUAAGAGACCUAAGACGAGGGGGCGUGGGCCGAACAGGGGGGUGGCACGAGGCUCGCACUCUAGCGCAACACCACACUCUAGCAGAGCGCCGUCGCACUCUAGCGCGGUGCCUCAUUCUAGCCUGCCACCUGUACACUCUGAUACUGAGUCUAGUGUUCACUCCUUUACUGUGACUAUGUAGUAUAGAACUAGCUCAUGUUGACUGUAGCAUAUAAUGUACACUGUCUUCUAGGUGCAUUUUUAGGAUGAUACAUUGUAAUGGCAUGUCACGUGACGUAUUCUGUAAAUCUGAUCCGCAUAUCUACUACUGGAGUAUUGUGUAGAAUAUCAAGUGUGGGAUGGUGUGUAAUCUGAUACAGGGUAGAAAGGGGUGAAUAGUGAAGCAGGAGUAAACCCGGUUUAGGCUAAAAUGUUUAGCAAUCUACACAUUUUGUGGCCGUGACUUGGUCCAAAAAUAGAAGCUUAACGUCUUAUGAUAUUCAGUAUUUUCGAAAGGUUUUUAAAAAGUAUGAGAUUUAUAUUAAGUUGGUGCUGUCGUGAGUAGGUCCAAAACUUUAUUUUAAUUGUUGGUCCGUACUCCAGAAUUUGGUGUUGCGAGCAGAUCUUGGUAAAGGAAAUUAAGUGUUUACUAGUUUAAAGUUGUAAUGGAGCAUUGUUUUUCUAGUUAGAUGAAUGGAUACGUUUUAUGUUGUAGAGGCAGGACAUUGAUUUGCUUUGACUAAUGUCUUCUUGAAUAUUUACAAAUUCAUUUGAUUUUGACCCAUCAAGAAUUAUGGGAAAAUUAUAUUAACUGUAUUUAUACGCUUUAACCCCGAAACUGAUUUUAAACAGCUUGAGGUUUAUACAUAUAACAUUUUAUAAUUGCAAUUUUUUACGAGAAAUGUGUAUUUUAGCUGCCAAUAUGUAUAUGGCGUUAGGGUUGAAUUUGUAUCUAGUUAUUAUCAGUUCAUAA